AAUUAUCAAGACAGACGACAACCUUCCCUCCUGCCACUCACCCUCCUUUUACCUCUCCUAGAAGGGAAUAUGCUCCUGGAGGUAGCCACCUAGAUCCUGAAUUUCGUCGCCUAUUGCCACUCUACCCAGGAAGAUAUUCAUCUCACCAACACAUUUGUGUGUCCCGACGGUCACACGUUGUCCCAUAGUCUUGCCCAUCGCGGGCGACCGUGUCUUCUGUGAAACUGCGUCACCAUGUCUACAGAUUACACCUAUGAUGAACAGGGUCAAUUUUUCCCGUUCUUCAUCUUAACCCUCACGGGUCUGGUCACAUUUCCCUUAACAUAUAACCUUCUUAAGCCGAGCAAAGAACUUGAGAAUACCGCCCCUCGAAUAAAGUCAGGGUACAGGCCAGAACAUGGCGACCUCAUCGAGGCGCAGAAGCGUAAGCGCCUACGCAAAGAGCGCAGGAUCAAGCGCAUCGUUACCGUUAUUGUUGGUUAUGCCGUCAUGGCAUGGAUGGUUUAUUUGAUUCUUGUCACCGCGAGGACGGCACCGAAGAUCUGGGAUCCGUAUGACAUCCUCGGCAUUUCAAGGAGCGCCGAUGAAAAAGCUAUCUCUAGGCACUACAAGCGUCUCUCUCUUAUCUAUCACCCCGACAAGAUUCGACCAGAUCCUGCGAAGAAUGAGACUAUUGAAAUGCUCAACGAGCGUUUCGUUGAGCUGACCAAAGCCUACAAAGCGUUGACAGAUGAGGAAGUUCGCAACAACUACAUCCAAUACGGUCACCCAGAUGGCAAGCAAAGCUUCAGCAUUGGUAUUGCACUUCCGCAGUUCAUUGUCACCGAGGGCAAUGGCAAAUACGUUCUGCUGGUCUAUGGCGGCUUGCUCGGUGUGCUCCUACCUUACAUCGUUGGCAAGUGGUGGUAUGGCUCGCAGCGAUACACCAAAGAGAAAGUCCUCGUCGCUAGCGCAGGAAACAUCUUCCGGGAAUACAAAGAUGGUCUCACCGGGGGCGGAAUCAUCGGUGCUCUGUCCUCUGGCGAUGAGUUCAAGGAAAUGCUCAAGGGCUUACAAGCAGAAGCUGGGUUGGCAAAGCUGGAGAAGAUGGUAUUGGCAGAUGAUGCCACGUUCCUGUCUUCCGCAGACCGUGAAAAACUCAAGGAACUGGAUGAUUCCACCCGGCGGAAGGCGCUCGCGUUAUUGUGGGCUUACGUCGGCCGCAUUGAUUUGGAUGACGCUACACUCAACGGAGAAAAGUAUGAGGCUGCCCCUAUUGCACUCUCUUUGACUGAAGCAUUCACGGCUAUUGCUCUUGCCUUCGGUAACCUUCGUCCAAUCCUGGGCUCUUUCCAAGUUUCUCAAAAUAUAAUCCAAGCCAUCGCCCCGGGAUCAUCUCCGCUCCUUCAAUUGCCCUACUUUACCGAUGAGGUUGUCAAGUCUAUCGAAGGCGAAGAUGCCAAAACUCACUACACCGUCCAAAAGUUCAUGGGCCUCCCUGAAGAUAAGCGACGCAGCCUCACAAUUGGCGCAGGUCUUUUAUCCGAAAAACAAUACGCAAGUGCUAUCUCUGUUGCUAAACAACUGCCUGCUUUCGAAGUCUCCAAAGCGUUCUUUAAGGUGAUGGGAGAAAAGGUUAUCACGCCAAGCAGCCUUGUCCAGCUAGUUGUGAAAGCCCGUUUCAUCCCGCCAGGCUAUUCGAACGUCCCCGAAGUAUCCCCAGCCGAUCUUGAAGAUGUGGACCCGGAUGAGGAUGAUCUUGACGCUCUCAUGGGCCGGAAGUCUACCAAGACCAAGAAGCUCGCUAACGGUGAGAAGGUGGAGAGUAAGGUGGAAACCAUCCAACCGCCACUUGCCCAUGCACCAUACCUGGCCCGUGAUCACUCUCCUCGGUGGCAUGUUUUCUUGGCCGAUCCCAAGCAGGGCAAGAUGGCUGUGCCACCAUUCACCUUCACCACCUUUGAUAAGCCCUUGUUCGACGAAUCUGGAAAGCCUACAUUCAACGUUCAGACCCUCAAGAUGCAGUUCCAAGCUCCUCCCCAGGUGGGAGAUUUCACUUUUGUGAUGCACUUGCUUUGCGACAGCUACCUCGGUCUUGAUACGAAGAUGGAAGUCACGCUGCACAUUGAUGAUCCCGCUAAAGCAGCUGCCCUGGAGGAAGAAGAUGAUAUCAGUGAACCCGAUGAAGGUAAAUCUUUGUCCUCGCUGGAUACCACAUUCAUGCCUAAAGGUAACGCUAACUCACUAUUAACUGCAGAUUCUAUCGCCGGUCAAAUGCAGGCCUUGAAGACAGGCCAACCGCCUAAGAAGAAGGCCAAGAAGGCAGACGAUGAGUCCAGUGAUGAAGAGAGUGAUACAGACGGCGACGCAGGAGAUACCAGCGACACCAACACUGAGACCGACAUUGACGAUUAAGCGGUCCAGUGGGUGAUGAAAGGGAACAAUGACCGGGAAAAAUUAAUAAAAAGAGCUAUUAAAAAAAAAGACACUUCAAUCAGAUGAUACAAGAAGGCGAUAUUAGUCGAAGAUGGUACGGCGCCAAAAGGAGAUUUGCAGAGACGAGAUGACGAAUUUCUUCCUCAUCUAUCCUUAGGAUAUCUCCUUUCGCUUUGUUUUACUACAUAUGUCGGGGUUGUUUCCUCUUGCUUACUACCUGUUAGAUUAUGCAUUAUAUCCGGGAGUUCAUACCUUUGUCUUGUGGAGUCUCGUUGUGGUCUCCUGCGAAUCAAUCCUUGGAGCGAAAGUAGCGAUGGAUGUAGUUCUGUUACCAAUACCCAUCAUAUUCGUCUACUUACGCAAGCUAGAUUGUAGAGAGUAACUACUGUACCUCCUUUUCGGCAUUAGAUAAGGGAGAGUGUGGCUACAACAAACCAUUUUUGACUAUUGCAUUUUACGGGGCCUUGUGUUUCUGGCAGUGGUGGUCAGCGACUACGAGUAAAGUCACAUCGUUUUUUGUUCCCUAGACCAAUAGUAUAUAC